AUAUAUAUAUAUAUGGCAAAGCACUGGCGUUGCAAUGCAUUCCGGAGUGAUCAUAAGAUUAGUGUAUGAGCACAGUUUGGUUCUCAACCUCAUCUUUAGUAACACUUUUUAUAUUGAUACAUUUUCUAAUACAUACCAUAUAAAUAACACAAACAGAUUGUUGGAUUUAGACAAGUAAAGAUUUUCUUGCAAAGAUUCUGGCAACCUUGAUUCAUAUUCUGCAGGGGGUGGAGCUCUCAUCCUGUCGUCUCACAGUAGUUUCUGGAACCUCAUGGUUACAACAUGGAGAAAGUGUCACAGUUGAAAGAUCAGGGCAACAAGGCACUGAGUGCAGGGAAAAUUGACGAGGCCAUACGCUGCUACACCGAAGCAUUGGCCCUCGACCCCUCAAACCAUGUCCUCUUCAGCAAUCGCUCGGCUGCCCAUGCCAAGAAUGGUAACUACGAGAGCGCUCUGGAGGACGCCUGUCAGACCAUCAAGAUCAAACCUGACUGGGGGAAGGGCUACUCAAGGAAAGCAGCAGCCCAGGAGUUUCUUGGAAGGUUUGAGGAUGCCAAAGCGACUUACCAAGAGGGAUUCAGACAAGAACCCACUAAUCAGCAGCUCAAGGAGGGACUGCAGAACAUAGAAGCCCGGCUAGCAGAAAAAAAGAUGAUGAACCCCUUUGCCAUGCCCAACAUGUUUGCGAAGCUGGAGAGUGACUCUCGAACCCAUGCCCUGAUGAAAGAUCCAGAGUACAGAGCGCUACUGGAGCAGCUCAGGGAUAAACCGUCUGAGCUUGGCUCGAAGCUCCAGGACCCGAGAGUAAUGACCACCCUGUCAGUCCUGCUGGGGUUAGACUUGGCAGGCAUGGAUGAAGACGACGAGCCCACUCCACCCCCUCCUCCCAAACCCAAAGAGACUCAGCCACCUCCUCCCAAGGAGGAAGACUUACCCGAGAACAAGAGACAGGCUCUGAAGGAGAAGGACCUGGGGAACGAGGCAUACAAGAAGAAAGACUUUGCCACUGCACUGAAACAUUAUGAAGAUGCCCUCAUGCACGACCCAACCAACAUGACAUAUAUUUCAAAUCAAGCAGCUGUGUUCUUUGAGAAGGCUGAGUAUGAGAAGUGCAGGGAGCUGUGUGACAAGGCCAUCGAGGUGGGCAGAGAGAACCGAGAGGACUACAGACAGAUUGCCAAGGCCUUGGCUAGGAUUGGCAACUCGUACUUCAAGCAGGAGAAAUACAAAGAAGCAGUCCAGUUUUACAACAAGAGUCUGACAGAGCAUCGCACCCCUGAUGUCCUUAAGAAGUGCCAGCAGGCGGAGAAGGUAUUGAAGGAGCAGGAGAAGCUGGCCUACAUCAAUCCAGAGCAGGCCUUGGAAGAGAAGAACAAGGGCAAUGAGUCCUUCCAGAAAGGAGACUAUCCUUCAGCCAUGAGACAUUACUCAGAGGCCAUCAAAAGGAACCCCAAUGACGCCAAGCUCUUCAGCAACAGAGCUGCCUGCUACACGAAGCUGCUGGAGUUCCAGCUUGCCCUGAAGGAUUGCGAGGACUGUAUCAAACUUGACCCUGCCUUCCUAAAGGGAUACACACGGAAGGCAGCAGCUUUGGAGGCCAUGAAAGAUUUCACUAAAGCGAUGGUUGCCUACGAAAAGGCUCUGGAGCUUGACUCUACCUCCAAGGAGGCCACAGAGGGCAUCCAGCGCUGCCUGAUGAGCCAGCACGUGAGGAACGACGACAGUCCAGAGGAUGUGAAGAGGAGGGCCAUGGCUGACCCGGAAGUGCAGCAGAUCAUGAGUGACCCAGCCAUGCGCAUGAUCCUGGAGCAGAUGCAGAAGGAUCCACAGGCACUCAGCGAUCACCUUAAAAAUCCAGGCAUUGCUCAGAAGAUCCAGAAACUGAUAGAUGUGGGACUUAUAGCCAUCCGGUGAUGAGUAAGGAGAGAACAGGCCCAGACCCAUGAAGAACAGCAAGACCACAGUGGAUCAAGAUUCCAUUCCCUCCAGUUAUAACAACACCCCCUCUCUCCCUUCCACCCUCAAAAUUAUACUGUACGCUAUCUUGCCGAAACUUCAACCAACAAAGGGUUUCAUUUUUACUUUGUCCAUCUUAUGGCCUUAAUGAAAUUGUACUUAGUCUAUUCCUCAUCAGAGAACUCUCUGAAACAAAUAAUUGAAUUAGGAAAAGGUAUCAAAGCCCUGUUAAAGUAGCUGAAGACAAGGCUAGAGCUUUGUUUGGUACGAUGAUACUGCAGCUAAUAACAAAAGUACAUCAGCUAAUAACAAAACAAGUAAUGCUCUAUUUUGUGGUCUCUGUUGGGUGUUCGAACAAUGUCUCGGUGCAAUAUGACUGCUUCGUUUUUCACUUCCUUUGCGUAUUUAAAACUGCUGGUUCCUGCUUGGAUCAGAUAGCCAGUCAAUAUCUAUGUAAGGCACCUGACUAUGAUGACCCCCCCCCCCCAGGAUAUCUUUCAUAACUUGAGGUCAAUGUAGUUUUGCUACUGGUGUACAGAAGACGGGCUUACAAUCUCACAUUACUGUGCUUUCCAGAUCUUUAGAAUUAAAUGUUGUUCGGUCUUGUAAGUGCUGAUCUUGGGAUCAGGUGUUCAAACUGGAUUAAAGGUGAUUGAACGUUGAA